AACUGCAAGACUUCCACCGGUGCUCAGUUGGUUCAUGGCCUUAGGAAUUCCCAUUUACAAGUUCUUGGUCCGUUGGUCCUCUCAUACUGAAUUCGAGGAACAGAUUUGAAGACAAUCCGAGUCGGUUGGAUUUAUCCCAAUUUAGGGGUUUCCACUCGGUUGGAUCCAUCCCAAAUUACUGGGUUUGGAUUCUACGAGAUGAACCUCGUCACAGGGGGACUGUACCAACGUUAAAGUGAACGAAAAUCCUUUUUGUGAAUGAUCAAAACAAAAUCUUGAUAUUGAGAUCUCUUUCCUUCCUUCAGUCCCUCUCUCGCCUCUCCCCGUCUCGCGGUUUGACUCCUCGUGGGAACUGUAGUGUUGCCGUUCGCAGAGAGCGCAUGGUCUUCUCCAUUUGGUGGGUGGUAUCUUGGCAAAGGCCAAAACGAUGUUUUCCAUUGCCGCCAUCAAUGACACGGACUCCGCCGGACAAUGGGAGCCGUUGGCUCCCACCAAGGAAGCACAGGAGUUUCACCUUUCUCAAACGUAUCAUGAAGGCCUUUUGAGGCUGCAAGCUAAAGAAUACUCAAAAGCUCAAGAACUUUUUGAAUCUGUUCUACGUGAUCCUCUUAUUAUAUCUAGUGCUCAGGUUGGUAGUAGUACCAGAGAAUGCCAUCUGUUACAACUGAGGUUUUUGGCUUUAAAAAAUUUAGCUACUGUUUUCCUUCAGCAAGGGUCUCUGCAUUAUGAGAGUGCCAUACAGUGCUAUUUAGAAGCUGUGGAAAUCGAUGCAAAGGAUUCAGUUGUCUGGAAUAAGUUGGGUACUUUGUCAUGCAACAUGGGUUUACUAAGUAUCUCAAGAUGGGCAUUUGAACAAGGGCUUCUUUGUAGCCCAAACAACUGGAAUUGCAUGGAGAAACUGUUGGAAGUGCUUAUUGCUAUCAGAGAUGAGGUUUCUUGUCUUUCUGUUGCUGAGUUGAUAUUACGUCAUUGGCCAUCACACUCUCGAGCUUUGGAGGUGAAAAAAGUCUUGGAAGAAGCAGAACCAAUCCCAUUUGCUCCACGGGGUAUAGACAAACUGGAGCCUAAGCAUGUCCGGCUGAAAUUUCUAAAAAGGAGAAGAGUAUCUGAUGGCGAUGAUGACAGUGCACCAAAAAGGCUUAAAACUUAUUUGGAAGUUCAUUUGUCUGAAGCAUCCUGGAUUAGCCUUAUGGAGGUAAUCAUUAAAAUUCUGGGUCCAGUUGUUGAAGGUAAUUCUGAUGCCAGUGGUUCAUGUAGUAAAGAUGAUCAAUCUAAUGAAAGGUCCAGUUCCCAUUCUAAGUUUUUUAUUAGCAGUACAGAUAUCAGUGAUAUAAAGAAAGAAGAAGAGUGUUCUACAGUGGAGCUGGGGAAAUAUUCAGGGGCAAAACUAAAAAUUGUUCUACCGUCUAUUUCAGAAACAGUUCCAGAUGUGGAAUCUGGGUCUGCAAACACAGAGAGAAGAGUUUCAGCAUCCGAUAUGCUGUCUCUUAGUGAUUGUGGAUCUGACAGGUCAAGUGGUGUAAAAGACAAGGAGGUUUCUGUUGACGAGGAUCACCCACAUGAAAGACGAAGUACUCGCUUAGAAAGGCUCAGAAAUCGCAAACCUGAGAAAGAGGAAUGCACGGGUUCCAGGGAUCAAGCAGAAGUUCUAGCUCAAUUGCUUGAACCAUUUAUUGUUGAUGGACGAGGCAUGGAAAAAGUUUCUGCCAUAAGAUAUUUUGUUACAGACUCUGAUUUUCCUCUAUCUACUAUGGAAGACAGUUAUGUCAAUAGUUUUGUAAUGGAGGUAUCAAACAAUUAUGGUGCUUGUCAUGUAGGUCAUCUACUCCUGGAGCGUAUUGCCAGCAAAGGCCUGCCUUAUCAGGAAUGCUUCUUAAGGUUACUGGAGCUGGAAAAGUUAACUAGAAACUGGACUCAGGAUAGAACACCUUAUUGCAGCCUUUUUUUGGCUGAGCUAUACUAUGACAUUGGAUCAUAUUCAGCACUUGAAUCCCAACUGUUGGCAUUCUUCUCAGAGGCAUCAUACCAUCUCUGUAAAGUCGUUGAAGUUGUUACUUUGGAUUAUGCCGAGCCUCUGAAUCCAUGUUUAUCUGAUCCAGAUCUCGUUUCUCAAUAUGACUUAAACCAUCCCAUGCAGUGGGAGCAGGAUGAAAUGAAGCUUGAAGGAGAGAGUUUCAGGGACAGAAGUUCCUUACAAGCAGAUGAUUCGACUAGUGGACAACUUGUCACAAACCAUUCUGUCUUACCCUCUAGGUGUUCCUUUCAGAUUCGUUUCCAUUGGUUAAGUGGUAGAUUGUCAACCUCUGAUAACAAGGCAAAAGCACGUGAAGAGUUUGAUAAGGCAUUAUCCUUCUUUAUCAAUGCAGACAUGGUUAAUCCUUCUUGCAUUGUCCCGCUGCCUCACUGCAGGGUCGUUAGAUAUCUUUCCAUUAAAAGAAUUCUCUAUGAAAUAAGUUUGUUAAAAAUUGAGCACAUAUUGAGUAGAAGUGGUGAAAUGAUUGACACUGGAAUGCACGAUGACUGUGUGAGAGCACUUUCUCCUCUUGUUCUCUGCAGUAAAGAUACUUAUCUUGAUGUUCUAUUUGGUUCUUACAAUGAACAAAAGGGGCUGUCCUCAGUUGAGUUAUCUGCCCUAGAUUUUCUCAUUUCAUCUUAUGAAAAGGAAAAAAAGUUGAGGACAGAGGACUACUUGAAUUGUCACUGGCGUAAACUGCAAAUCCUUACUACCAUUGCUGAAGUAGCAGAACUACUUUUAUCAAAUGCUUCCCAUCCCAGGAAGUCUAUUAUGAAUCUGUCUUCUGCAAGUUUGGAAUUGGAAGCUGCAGAGAAGAAAGGUAAAUAUUUGAAAAGCCUGGUCGCUGAGGAAGUGAGAGAAAUAGCCCUAUGUGCAUCACAAUUAGGAGAUUCAAUUGAUGAAAAUGGAAAACUUGAUGGCUUCACCAUUCCCAUGGGCACAGUUGCACAGAUUCAGAAUGUUCUCUUGAUAGUUAUGUCAAAUAUGGCGAGGGAAUUUCUUCGUCAUAAGCCUGUUUGUAUGGGACAUCUAGAGAGCAAUUGUUUUGUUGAUGCAGCAAUGGCUUUCUGUAAACUCCAACAUGCUACUACUAGUAUCCCUGUGAAGACCCAAGUUGAUUUGAUUGUGACAAUGCAUGAUCUUUUAGCUGAAUAUGGCCUCUGCUGUGCUGGCAAAGAUAGUGAAGGAGAAGAAGGGAUGUUUCUUAAGCUAGCCAUUAGGCAUCUCUUGGCCUUAGAUGUGAAGCUAAAAUCUGCUCAGAACUUGCCAAAUAAUGCACUAGAGACAAAGGAGAACGUUGAAUCCUUGUCCAAUAUCUCACUAUGUGAGACAGGUUUAGAGGCAAACACCUGUGUUGAAACAGAAUUGACUGUACUAGAGAAGGAUGAGAGUAGUUUUGUUGAUAAGGAUUCUUUUGACGAAGUAAUUCCAGAGAGAACUUUGUUUCAUGAAACAGCAGAGAAGGAUGAGGAGGGCCUGGAAAGUGGAAAAGAAGGGUUUGAUAGAAAGUCAGAUUCUCAGCACAUGAAAGUCAGGAAAAAUGGUACUUCCGAUGGUGAGAAGCAUUCUUUUGAAGUGGAGAAUCAAAAAGUGGAGUUAGGAAUAGAUAAUGCUCUAGACCAGAGCUUUUUCUGUUUAUAUGGUUUGAAUCUUAAAUCUGGUACAGAAUCAGCAGGCGAUGAUGACCUAGCAGUACAUAGAAACACUAACCGUGGGGAUUACCAAACAAAGGAGCAAUGUGCUGAUGUCUUUCGCUAUCUUCUGCCAUAUGCAAAGGCUUCAUCGAGAGCUGGUUUGGUAAAGCUCCGGAGAGUAUUAAGGGCUAUCCGCAAACACUUCCCACAGCCACCUGAAGAAAUAAUGAGAGAAUGUUCGGUAGAUAAGUUCUUGGACAGUUCUGAUGUAUGUGAAGACAAGCUCUCUGAGAUGGCAGGACCUGGCGAGAUGCUUGAAUCUGUUAUCAAUCUGAUUUUUCCUGGUGGGAGGGGACCUGAGGCCAACAUUACAAUGAGGUCUGAACCAUAUUUGGAGGUGUACAGCAACUUGUAUUUCUUCCUAGCUCAAGCUGAAGAUAUGAAUGCAACUGAUAAGUGGCCUGGUUUUGUACUUACCAAGGAAGGGGAAGCAUUCAUUGAUCAAAAUGCAAAACUUUUCAAGUUUGAUUUGUUAUAUAAUCCUUUGCGGUUUGAGAGCUGGCAGCGUCUUGCAAACAUCUAUGAUGAGGAAGUAGACCUGAUGCUGAAUGAUGGAAGCAAACAUAUUAAUGUUCGAGAAUGGAGAAAGCAACCUAUAUUAUCACAGAGAGUGGAGGCCAGCAGGAGGAGGAGCAGACGGUGCUCAUUGAUGAGUCUUGCUCUUGCUAGAACUCCAACUCAGCAGGGCCAGAUACAUGAGUUGUUAGCUCUCGUGUAUUAUGACAGCCUUCAGAAUGUUGUGCCAUUUUAUGAUCAAAGAGUUGUUUUACCAACAAAGGAUGCAACUUGGACCAUGUUCUGCAAGAACGCAAUGAAGCACUUUGAGAAAGCUUUUGCUAUGAAGCCAGAUUGGUCGCAUGCCCUCUACCUUGGAAAGCUCUGUGAAAAGCUAAGAUAUCCAUGUGAAAAGGCAUUUUCAUAUUAUAGUAAGGCAUCCAGCGUUAAUCCUUUGGCUGUAGAUGCCGUAUACAGGACUCACGCAUCUCGUUUGAAGCUACUAAGUGUUUCCGGAAAACAUGACUUGCACACUCUUCAGGUCGUUGCUGAACAUGCUCUUCAUAAGUCAGUGAAAGAUUCUGUCUUCAGCCUAAUAGGCGAAGUAGAUCCAGGUCAUCAACCAUCAAUGGAUGAAAAGGACAGGACUGCACAAACAAAUCCAGGAAAAGGGGAAAGGCAGAUAGAGUUGCAAAAGCUAGAAGAGGCAUGGGAAACUCUAUAUGCUGACUGCCUAUCAGCUCUUGAAGUCUGUGUUGAAGGUGAACUCAAACAUUUCCAUAAAGCAAGGUAUAUGCUUGCACAAGGGUUUUACAGAAGGGGCAAUAGUGGAGAUCUGCAACGAGCAAAAGAGGAACUAUCAUUUUGUUUCAAAUCAUCUCGGUCUGCUUUCACUAUUUAUAUGUGGGAAAUAGAUGGUGCUGUGAAAAAGGGAAGGAGAAGAACCCCUGGACCUGUUGGUAACAAAAAAAGUUUGGAACUUGGGUUGCCUGAAAGCUCUCGCAAAUUCAUUACCUGCAUUCGAAAAUAUACGCUUCUUUACUUGCAUUUGUUAGAAAAAUCUGGAGACUUUUCUACUCUUGAACGGGCUUACUCAUCUCUUCGCACAGACAGAAGGUUCUCUUUGUGUCUUGAAGACAUUGUUCCAGUUGCCCUCGGAAGGUAUGUCCAAGCACUCUGUUCCUCCAUCAAGCAGGCUGAGACAGCUGGUUCUAGCUUGACUGUUGAGACCUUAUUAGAGAGGCUAUUCCAUGUGUUUAUCGAAAAUGGAAGCAUGUGGAAUGAGAUAAGCGGCUUACCUGAACUGACUAUACCAUCUGGCUCUGGUAUUUCAGAGAAUACUCUCUAUGGCUAUAUUCACCAGUAUAUACACACAUUUGAGUCUGAUAUGAAGCUUGACACACUUGAAGCAAUAAAUGAAAGAAUUCGCAAGCGUUUCAAAAACCCGAAGUUGGCAAAUAACAACUGUGCUAAAAUUUGUAAGCAUGCAUCUGCAGCAUGGUGUCGCACUAUUCUUUCCAGCUUGGCUUCAAUUACACCACCUGCUGGUGAAUCUCAGAUGGAGCAAACCCAAGUGGCUAAUUGCUCCGAUAACAAUGUGCAGCUUUGUGUCGAUAUACAAGAGGGUGAACUUUGGCAUUCAUCAAUUGAAGACCCAGUUCACCAGAAAGAACUUGAACUGAAAAGGAGCCAUGUAUUGUCAAAAAUAAAGAACAUGCCAGUCAAGCAAGCAGUGGCAGAAAAUAUGCAAACUGCUGCCACCUUACUUAGAUGUGCUUACAACUUCUACCGUGAUAGCCAUUGUGGCACACAUAUUUCUGGUAUCAAUCUAUACACCACAACAUGUCGAUCAGCACAGACUUCAUCCUUGCCUGGAACGGAGUAUAUUCCUUCGGCUAGCGUUGAUAUUCUUGAUCUCAGUAUUCCUCGUAAACUUCUGUUGUGGGCUUAUGCGCUCAUGCAUGGUCGUUAUUCAAGCAUUCUGUCUGUUGUCAAGCACUGUGAAGAAAAUAUGAAGAUGAGGUUGAAAAAAGGCCCUGCAGCAUCAGCAGCUGCUUCACAACCAUGUCCAAUAGCCACUCAAUCAGUUGCUGGUAGAGAUAGAAAUCAUCAGGAAGAUGGUGGUGAAACUGAGGAUAAUUCUGCGACAGUGAUGGCUCCUGCCACUUCGCAUGAAACUGAUAGAAAGCAUUGUUCAAACAUUCUCCCAAGUUCCAUUUCAAACGAGUCUCAGAAAGUGUCAUUAUCUAGUGGUGCUCCAUUACACCAGUGCAACAAUUCUCAUGCUGAUCGCCACAUUCAGGAAGGGCAAGAUUGAAGUACUUCUAGUGGGGUGAUCUCGUACGGGGGCUGUAACCAAGUUAAACAUGUAAGUUAGCUCUAAAGUUCUCCCGCUCACUUUUGUGAACUUUGAUGGAUUUGGAUAAAGCCGGUAAAUCCGAACCCUGGAGUAUCACUGUGCUGACGGAAACACUUGAAGCUGAGCCGUGUAUGGCAUAUAGGUUCUACUUAAUUCUCCCACAUAGCACUACAUUUUUGUCUACUAGCUUUUUCAAGAACCCAUUUCCACAUUGUUAGGUAAUUACUCGUCCUUCAGUAAACCAUCAUGUACGCAACUUUGUCAAUUUUUAUUAUUCUAGAAGUAUCCUUAACAGCCAUAUAGCAUGCUAAGAAUUUGUAACGUGGGACUUUUCGGGGAAGGGAAUUUCUUCUAUGUAUCCAGUUACCUUCAUAUGCCAGUUUUUUGUUGUUGCCUCCUGAACUGUGGGAGCCCCUCUUUCGGCGGAAACCUCCUGGAGUUUUGCUUACCAAUAUUGAACGGAUACAUUUGAGCCAUGAAAAAGUUGUUAGUCACGUAAAGCCAGGAAGCAAAUUAUUGUAAUA